UAUUGUUCUUCCUUCGAUGAAAUAAUCCAAAGAAUAUAAAUGGGUGUGACACUUUGACCCUCUGUCCAAUUUAUUUACUGACUUAUUUCCUUUUCAAAAAUUGGGACAAAAAAAAUGAGAAUCAUCUGUCAAUGGUAAUGAAACACUUUUGUUCCCACAUUAUUAUCUAAUUUUUUAUUCAUGAGUAUGGAGCAUACCGGAGGACAUUAAAGAAAUUAUAGGGAAGUUAAGAGUCUGGACUCUGGAAUUAUGAAAAUAAUGAAAAUACUUUGUGGAAGUUAGGCCAUACUUCUUGCUAGUAACCAAGUACUUCGUGGAAAAGGGACAGAGUUACAGAGUUGAGCUAACAAAAAACAAGGAGGUUCGACUACGUUAGUCGAGUACAAUAAAUAAGUGUCCGGACUUCAAUGGCAUAUAAUUUUCCCCCCAAUUCCAAAACCCUGGCGGGAAUUCGUAAUUAGGGAAACCCAAUUCUCGCCUCCUUAUCGGUUUGCUGCUUCUCCUUCUUAUUCUAAAUCCCUUAAGCCUCCAAACAUCAAAUAAAAUUAAGAUUCUUCAGAAGAUCCAUUAAGUUGGGCAUGGCUACCACUGCAGACCCAGUUGAAUUAUUCAAGUCCUAUCAUCUAAGGUAUAACUUGACAGGUCAUAAGAAAGCUAUCUCCGCCGUCAAGUUCUCCGAUGACGGCCGGCUUCUAGCUUCCGCCUCCGCCGAUAAGACCGUCCGAACCUGGUCUCCUUCCGAUGGCUCCUUCCUUCAAGAGUUUGUGGGUCAUGAGCAAGGUAUAUCCGAUGUCGCAUUCUCCUCUGACGCCCGUCACAUCGCCACCGCCUCCGACGACAAGACUGUCCGCCUCUGGGAUGUUUCCACCGGAACCCUAGUGAAGACCUUGACGGGCCACACCAAUUAUGUCUUCUGUGUGAACUAUAAUCCUCAAUCCAACAUGCUUGUUUCCGGGUCAUUCGACGAAACGGUUCGGGUUUGGGAUGUUAAGUCCGGCAAGUGCUUGAAGGUGUUGCCGGCUCACUCUGACCCGGUGACGGCGGUUAAUUUUAAUCGUGAUGGUUCACUGAUUGUCUCUAGCAGCUAUGAUGGAUUAUGUAGGAUUUGGGAUGCUUCUACUGGGCAUUGCCUAAAGACACUGAUUGAUGAUGAGAAUCCACCAGUGAGCUUCGUGAAGUUUUCACCCAAUGGCAAGUUUAUUCUGGUCGGCACUUUGGACAAUACUUUGUUCUACAUUUUCUCAAUUGAAGCCCUUGGUUGGACCUUAUGAAUAGUUGGCUAGAAGUUAGGUAAUAGGUUCUAAUGGGAGAUGGACUGAGAUUAAUGUGAGAUGGACUGAGAUGAUGCAUGUCUCCUGUUCGUUUACCCUGCAGAAGCAGCCAUUAUACUCUAAAAUGAUGUAAAAAAAGCUGGUGACUUUAUUCAAUUGUAUUUGAAAAGAUUAUCAUUGCUGAUUUACUUAUUGUUGAGGUUCUUCUGGUCCGAGAUGAAAUUGAAAGCUAAUUGUUUCACAGGGUUCUGUAGUUUGUUGCCUAGUUGAAUUCAACCAUUGGGGGUCUAGGUUGCAAAAUAUUGCUUUACUUCUUACCUAGUUGGUGCAUUUUCACUCUUAUGUUCAUCAGAGUACAAGAACUUUUGCUGUCAUUAGAAUGCAAGAACUUUUGCUGUUGACAUCGUUUAUCCUUGGUUUGUAUGUUCCUAUUCUUGUUAAUUCGAAUUGCUUCUCAAAUUUAAGAUGUUCCCCAAUCCAAUGUUGAGGUUCUAUACUUUACCUUACAAUUGCCAUCUUACUCUAUGCAAAUUUCUGGUGUUGUGGUUGCAGCGCCUUUGGAAUUUCUCAACUGGCAAGUUCCUCAAAACUUAUACAGGUCAUGUGAAUUCAAAGUACUGCAUUGCUGCGACUUUUUCGAUAACAAAUGGGAAGUACAUUGUAAGCGGUUCGGAGGAUAGUUCCAUCUAUAUCUGGGAGCUUCAAUCAAGAAAAGUAGUUCAGAAAUUAGAAGGUCACACCGAUACUGUCAUAUCCGUGGCAUCUCAUCCAACUGAGAAUAUGAUUGCAUCCGGUGCUCUCGGAGAGGACAAAACAGUCAAAGUCUGGGCUCAGGAGACCUGAACCUUCAGUUGUUAGGGAGGAAUUUGUAACAUAGAUUUAAUCCUGGUGAUUUGUUAACUACUAUGUUGAUGAAAAUAGAUUAAAGGAUUGUUCUUUGGGGAAAAGUAAACAGUUUUCGAAUUACUUGGCCACUUUGAGAUUCAAGAUUGAUUUUUGUGCUCUUAACCUAAUUGAAUGUAACUGGAAACCGGAGUGGUUGUAUUAGUUCAUCUUUUGUAGUUUAGCUGGACGAAAUUUUUUUUAAUGUACUCAUUGUUGCAAUUUGUCUAAUAUCCAGUUUUGAAACCGUUUACCUGAAAAAACGUGAUUGAGAAAAUCUAUCAACCACGUUUUCUUAUAUGAAGAUUAGAGAAUGUGGCCAGAUGGA